UGGCAGCGGCUUCCCGAACCCGCAGGUCCACUUAGGGCCCGACGUUGUGCGAAGCGGCCACGUCUGAGCCCCGGGGGCUGACCUGUGCUGGGGAUGUCGCCCUGCGACCUAGGCCAGGAUAUCCCCUCCCAAGCUCUCGUCCUGUGGGUGAACGCCGCCAGGUCCCUGUGAGCACCUUCGCAGCAGGAAGCGUAGAGCUACGCCCGCCCUUUCGAAAGGCCGUGAAGGGGUUGGAGUGCGCACAUCUUAGCCUGCCCCAUCCCGAUUUGAGGUCUGUCGGCGCUGCCCUUCAGCGUGAGCACCCAGGAUGGGCACCCCAGCCUCUGUGGUGAGCGAGCCGCCCCCAUGGCAGGCCCCAGCUGAGGCCCGGGGCCGCAAGCAGGCAUCAGCCAACAUUUUCCAGGAUGCUGAGCUGCUGCAGAUCCAGGGCCUAUUUGAGCGCAGUGGGGACCAGCUGGCCGAGGAGCGGGCACAGAUCAUCUGGGAGUGUGCAGGAGACCACCGUGUGGCAGAGGCCUUGAGGAGGCUGCGUAGGAAGAGGCCUCCCCGGCCGAAACCCCUGGGCAACUCACUGCACCACUGCAGCCGGCUCAGAAUCCCUGAGUCCUGUGCUCCACUGGCCGACCCACAGAGUGGUACCACAGAGACAGCUUCUGAUGAUCAGUAUCUGAACUCCAGAAGGACAAGUGCCAGGAUCCGCCGGAACUGGAAGAAGCCAGGCCCUACAAGCUACCUCCAUCAGAUCAGACACUGAUCCAGGGAAGGGGCUGGCAAUGGCAGUAUCUUCCCCAGGAAUCACAGGGACUUUUGCCAAAGGGCCCAGGAGGUGAAGAAGGAAGAGAGAUUUGAGGCAGACACCCCCACAGGGAUAAAUGAAAGACCACAGCCCACUCAGAAGAGGACUGGAAAUGUCCCCUGAGCUCUAGGUUAUGUGGGACCCAUUCCUCACCAGAAUGAGAAACAGCGCCUCAGCUCUUCCCAUCUUACAGUAUACCUGGGCUGCAUGAUAUUUCCCUGAGGGUCACGUGAUGGGCACUCGGACUGAGCAUCUCACCACUCCUGCUACUAACCCUCCUGCUCCUCCUGUAACCCAUGGUCCAGCAGCCGGCCCACACCCCGCCCCUGUCCGGCUAGCACAAGGAAACCAUGGUUUAAGUGGCAAAAUAAAAACAUUCAUAUCAA